AUGCCUUCAACAGGCAAGAGCUACCAAGGACUUUUGAAGACUGAUGACCAAUAUGGAAUAUCACUUUCCACUAUGCAUCCUAAUGUGUGCUGCGCAGAAUUGCCGCAAGUGUCUCUGCCGGUGCCAGAGGAUAUUGCUUUUCCAGCUGGAUUUGCUUGGGGUGCAGCUAUAGCGGCAUAUCAAAUUGAAGAAGGCUGGAAUGCAGAUGGAAGGGGCCCUAAUGUCUGGGACACAUUCACCCAUCAGGGAGGAGAUCGAGUUUUCAAGAACCAGACUGGUGAUGUAGCUUGUGGCAGCUACACUCUGUGGGAGAAAGAUUUGAAAUGUAUCAAACAGCUUGGAUUGACUCAUUAUCGCUUUUCUCUUUCCUGGUCACGUCUGUUACCUGAUGGGACGACAGGUUUCAUCAACCAGAAAGGGAUACAGCACAUAAACAAAUUGUAUCCAUUUGCUUUACCUCAGACCUUAGAAGAUGAAGGUGUCUGGAGUUCUGAAAAGAUCAUUGAGACCUUAGUUAUUCAUGAUACAUAUAAUAACCCUAUAAUUUACAUCACUGAGAAUGGGUUUCCCCAAUGUGACCCUGCUCUACUUGAUGACAGUCAACGAUGUAAGUAUUUCAGGCUGAUUUUACAGGAAAUUUUAAAAAGUACCAUUUGA